AUGUCUUCUACACGAUCCGGCGCUGAAGCAGCAAAGAGGAACAGCCAACCAGACGAUGAAUCGGGGAGGAAGCCGCGAACAGACCAUUCCGAGAGUGCCUCGCCGUUUCACCCUCGUCUUACCCGACAGUCCGAGGAAAAGCUCCGCCCGGGCUUUACCGUCGUGAGGCCGGGUGUCCGAAAGACGUCCUCGCAGGACUGGGGAAAGAAAAUAGACAAGGCCGAGAGAGAGCGGGAUGAUUCUGGCGAAAGAUAUCCCUCGCCAAACGACCAUCUCCUCAACCAAACAACCUCCUCGGUGGGCACUCCACGGUUCGACCCACGACAGCGCAAGGCGAACAAGCAGCGAUGGGGACUGAAGGCGCCGCCACUGGGCGUAAAGACCCGUGCGAAACUCGCUGCCGAAAUAGCAGAUGCACAAGCUGCUAGAGAGAAAGCCGAAGCAGACAGAGUCGCAAAAGAUCUAGGAAAAGGUUCCUCAGCGUGGAAACCGGGAAGACGAGCCCUCGAUGACCUUCUCGACCCUGCACCCCUCGCCCCAGAACAGAUCGAGGAACGGAAGUUCCACCCGUCAAUUGGCAUUCUGCCGAGGGGGAUCUUUGGAAAUGCCUCCCUUUGGACCGCAGCAUUCGGGACUGCCACCGAUCCCAAUCUUGACAACGAUGAGAAAUUGCUACGCAAGAGAGUGGUCUGUCACAAUUUCGAUAACGACGGUAACGCUCACUGGAAUGUCGAGAACAUAAACGUUCAAGGAAAGAUUCCUGGUCUUGGACCAUCCCACGUCCCGGCAAAGGAUAGGAGGUUAGCCACCGUCACUCAAAACGUGGACUUCUUCCAAGAAUACGAGGGAGAAUUUCGGGACUGGACCAAGCACGGGUCUGAUCUCUGGAGACGCAACGAACGAAUCUACAACUGGAUGGACCGGUUUUGGCACAUGGAAUGGGCCCCUAGUUGGAACUCUGCUAGCCAAAUGACCAACGAUAACGGGAAACGGGAGCAAUGGAUCCGGCAAACGGCCAGGACCAGUGACGAUAAUCAUUCCAUUCCCUUCUUCACAGACGAACAAAUGGGAUCCUGGGAGCUCCUCCAAGAGCGAGCGUACCAUUUCAAGCGGACUCGCGAAUUCAUGAGCCAGGUCUGUGAUGAGAUAGAUAUUCGCUACGGAGAGCUGGAAUACACUCUCCAAACGGCCAAAUUCCUCAUCCGAGCUGGCGGCGAUCCGAAGAGGAAGCUCGAGAAACUGAUUGCACCCAGUCUUCUAAAAGGACCCACGACCUCCCUUAAUCUCGGGGAAUUGACUCUUCCGAUCAUCUCCGAAGGACUCCUAGGUGACGUCCAAGUCUCCUUCAACCCAAAGAAGGAACUCGUCAAGCAAGAUGUCCUCUCUGGAUUAGAGGCCGCCCAGCUACCAAGGUCGGUCCUGGAUAUCGAAAGGCGAAGGCAGUAUCGAAAGAAGCUAUCGAAGGACAUAGCAGCCUCUAAUGCCACAUCUACUGAAGGAUCCCAAUUGAUCGUUCUCAGCAGCGGCGAAGAAGACCUCGACCAAGAGCCUACUACUCAGGAGGAUGACUCUCUCGACGCACGAAGCGAAGCAUCCGCAACCGGCAGUGAACCUGAAGUUCUGAUAGCAGAAGAAAUCCCUGACUUCGAUCUAGAAGAUGUUCUUCCUGCUACGCGGACCGCAAUCUUUAUGCAUCUUCCUGGAAUUCGACAAGCGGAAUAUGACUGGCUACGCAAGCACGGCGUUUCAGAAGAAGUGGCCGGAUUCUGUCUCGAAAGGACCAGUCAAGGUCCAAGGAUCACGAACGAAAAUCGCAAGACUGCCAUUACGAACCACAACUUCCUGCAUAGAGCUCUCGCACAGGAUGCUUCAAGACACAGGUUGCCUGGGGAAAGGCAAGGGACGGGCGAGUUCCGAGAAACCUGCGCCGAUAGAUAA